AUGACGACCUAUAAGACUGAUUAUGGCUUCAUCAAGCCAACGCAUAUCGAAGAAGAGAUGCGUACUUCGUACCUCGACUAUGCGAUGAGCGUAAUCGUGUCGCGGGCGCUGCCCGAUGUGCGCGACGGCUUGAAGCCCGUACAGCGGCGCAUCCUCUACGCAAUGGAGGAACUGGGCAUGCGGCCCGGGCAGGGGUACAAGAAGAGCGCGCGGCUCGUGGGUGAGGUGCUGGGCAAGUAUCAUCCGCAUAACAACGACUCGGUGUACGAGGCGAUGGUGCGAAUGGCGCAAGACUUCACGAUGCGCCUGCCGCUUGUUGACGGACAGGGGAACUUCGGAAGCGUGGACAACGACCCGCCCGCGGCGAUGCGCUAUACGGAGGCGCGUAUGCAGGCGGUUGCCGAAGAGAUGCUUGUAAAUAUCGACGAGAACACCGUUGACCACAUCGACAACUUCGACGGCACGCUGCGCGAGCCUGUGGUGCUUCCCGCGCGUCUGCCGAACCUGAUGAUCAACGGCGCGUCCGGCAUUGCGGUAGGCAUGGCGACGAACAUACCGCCGCACAAUCCGACCGAGAUUUGCAAUGCCGUCGUUCAUCUCGUCGAUCACCCGGAUGCGACGGUGGAAGACCUGCUGAAGCAUGUGCAGGGUCCGGACUUCCCGACAGGCGGGACAAUUAUGGGGCGUGAAGGCAUUCGCAAUGCGUAUUCGACGGGGCGCGGGCAAAUCAUCGUGCGCGCCAAGGCUGAAAUCGAGCCGAUGAGCCGUUCCAACCGCAUGCAGAUUAUCGUGUCGGAAUUGCCUUACCAGGUGAACAAGGCUGCGCUGGUGGAGAAGAUCGCAAACCUGACGAAGGACAAGCGGCUUCAAGGCAUAUCAGAGGUGCGGGACGAGUCGGACCGCGAGGGGAUGCGCGUGGUCAUUGAGCUUCGCACAGGCACUCAGCCUAUGGUUGUGCUGAACAACCUGUACAAGCUGACACCGAUGCAAAACUCGUUCUCGGCUAACAUGCUCGCGCUGGUCGAAGGCAUGCCUCGCACGAUAACGCUGAAGGUCGCUCUGCUAUCCUUCAUAGACUUCCGGCGCGAGGUCGUGCGGCGGCGUGCUGAGUUCCAGCUUGAGAAGGCGAGACAACGGGCGCACAUCCUUGCCGGUCUGCGAAUUGCGGUCAGCAACCUUGACGAAGUGAUUGCGAUUAUACGCGGGGCCGCGGAUACGCCUUCUGCACGGGAUGCACUUAUGACGCGGUUCAGCCUGGACGAACCACAGUCGCAGGCGAUACUGGACAUGCAGCUUCGCCGCAUCUCGACACUUGAGCGGGAGCGCCUUGAAGAGGAGUACGCGCAGAUUCAGACGACGAUACAGGGUCUGGAAGAGCUUCUCGGCGAUGAGAAUAAGAUAAUGCUCGAGAUAAAGAAGGAGACGCGUGCGCUGAGGAAGAAGUUUGGCGAGGACCGAAGGACGGACAUCAGCCUGGACGCGCACGACAUCAGCCGCGCCGAGCUUGAGGCGCAUGAGCAGGUGGUGGUUACGCUGAGCCAGGGAGGAUACAUCAAGCGCAUUCCGGCGAACACAUACCGCAAUCAGCAUCGAGGCGGCAAGGGCGUGGUGAGCAUGACCACGCGAGAGGACGACCCUGUAAAGCACCUUCUGGUCGCGGACACGCACGACACGUUGCUUUUCUUCACGAACCGAGGGCGGGUUCACAAGCUAACAGUCUUCGAGUUGCGACCGGACACUUCGCGCAACACGCGGGGCGUGCCUGUGGUGAAUGUGGUUCAGCUAGGCGCGAACGAGACGGUAAGCGCAGUGGUGGCGGUGGACAGCCUGGAUCAUGACGACACUUUCCUGAUGCUGGGCACGCGCAACGGCAAGAUCAAGCGCAUCGCAUUGAGCAGCAUCGGCAAUAUCCGCCCAUCGGGUGGCGUAUUGGGUAUGCGCCUGCAAAAGAAGGGCAGCGAAAUCGGCAAGAGGAAACUAAGUCAGGAUGACCGCGUUGUCGGAAUGGCUAUUAUCUUGCACAAUAGCGACAGCCGCCUGCUAGUCAUCAGUAAAAAGGGCUUUGGCAAGCUUACGGCAGUCGACAAGUACAGACGGCAAGGUAGGGGCGGCAAGGGUAUAUUGACCUUCGACAUUCAACCGCGCAAGACUGGCCCGGUUGCGGUAGCUGAGGUUGUGGACGACAGCAAAGAACUCUACCUAGUUUCCGAACAAGCGCAGGUGCAGCGCACCAACCUAUCUGAAAUCUCAACCACUAUCGGCAGGAAGGCCAGCGGGGUCAUCAUUAUGCGCCUCGCAAGCGGCGACUCCGUGUCAUCAAUUGCCUGCGUCAGUGAUCUUGACAGCGGCACGAGCGCGACGGGCAAGUCCAACGGCAAGGGUAAUGCUGAGGCAUCGAAGCCUGCUGCCGAGAGCAAGAACGGCACGGCAAACGCGCAGAGGAACGGAUCCGCUAAAGCCGAACUUGUGGAUGCCGACGAAGAGUCUGACGAGCCACAGAUGUCGUUCGACGAUAUGACGGAGGAGGACGACGAAACGGAUAGCGACGAUUAG